GGAUGGCGUGGGGUGGUGUGGGUGGCUGUGGUGUGGGACUGGGUGGGGCUCCCGUCUCACCCAGCUCCUGGGGACCUUCCAGAAGUGAAGGAGAAGAAGAAGCGUCAGGCAAGGAAGACAAGAGCCCAGCCGGAGAAGCAGAGCUGAGCUCUGAGAAAGCUGAGAAGGCAGCCCUGAGCUGGGGCUGUGCCGGCAGCUGCUGGCCGCUCACUCUGUCUCCUCCCUCUGCAGCUUCUCAGACAGUGGCUGGAGGAGUGGAGAAAUCCUGGCCCAAGCAGGAGAAGCGGGCGAGUGCGGAGGCCUUGAGCCGGAAGCCCCUCUCCCCACGGGCCCCGCUGGCCACCAUGGACUCCAUGACAGACAGAGGCUACUCUUCCUCAGCUUCCUUUACCCUUCCCGGAGGCCUGUCCUGGUGGGAUGGCGGAGCUGGCAGCACUCAACCGCUCAGGACCCCGCCAUCCCCCCAGGGCUGUCAAGGGGAGGGUGGAGGAGCCAGGGCCAGCCCUCUGCGAGGAGCCCCCACAGGAACUGCCAACAAGGACCACGCAAGAGGUCUACUUGACCUCUUGCACAUUUUCAAGGCGUGGGGGGAGAGGCAGCAGCGCGGCGAGCCCAUGGCCAGACUGCCAUGGCCAGACAGCCCAUGGCGAGAGCCGGCUGCCGGCCGCGCUGCAUCUGCUUCAGAAAUUUCCCCUAAUGGCUGGGAGGUGUGGGGCCGGGAACCCCCUGGGGUGCCCCACUUCUGAUCCAAUAAAAAAGUCAAUAUUUUCUCUAUCCCUGUGACUGUCAGCAGAUCAGUUUUGUCCCUUGACAGGAGCAGAGAAUCAGUUUUGUGUAAUGACAGCAGUAUGUGCUACAGUAAUGCCGACUCUCCUGUGGAGAUGGGGGGGCCCUUGCCCCUUGUGCAUUACACCCCACCCGAAGAGAGAGACAACGUCUAUUAUUGUGUUUACUAUCUUUAUCUCAGAUCAUCUGUUAUUAUGUGUAACAAUAAUGCACCCUCAGUGAGUUUGCAGAUGACACCAAGCUAGGAGGGAGUGUUGAUCUGCUUGAGGGAAGGAAGGCUCUACAGAGGGCCCUGGACAGGCUGGAGGGAUGGGCCAAGGCCAAUUGGAUGAGGUUUAAUAAGGCCAAGGGCCGGGUCCUGCAUUUCGGUCACAACAACCCCAAGCAACGCCAGGGGCUUGGGGCAGAGUGGCUGGAAAGCUGCCCCGCAGAAAAGGACCUGGGGGUGCUGGUGGCCGGCCAGCUUAACAUGAGCCAGUCCUCCCCCAGAUGAGCUGGGAUCACUGGAAACCGGCUCAGCUCUCUCCAACCCCCCCCAAAGCAGCACAGCCCUCCCCAA